AUAAAGAACUUGAAGAAGAUAAAAAUAAAAAAUGGAAAUGGGCACAGAUAUGGGAUAUUAAUUAUUAUUUUGAUUGAUUAGGUUUCAACUAAUAAAUUAUUGAUAAAAAUAUCAUUUAUUUGAUUUGUUGUUCCGCUAUUUCCUUUAAAAAACUAGUUUUUAACUCACUUAAACUCAAAAAUGUCUUCUCAUCUACCAAUGUGGAAAACUUUAAGAAAUGAGGACAUGUCAAAAAAGAAAAGGCUCUUAUCGGAAACUACUUUCGACCAUCCUCUAAAAAAUGUUGUUAUGGAAAGAAUUCCGCGUAGAAUUUUGGGCUCAACUCCCAGCACUGGUCGCACUACACCAGUGUCAACCCCCGUCACCUUCACUGAUCCACUAGCGCAAGCCUUAAAGAAACUAGAUCCGCUCACAGAGCUUAUUCAAGAGGAAAUGGAUCCUUUGUCUAAAAUGGCUGCAGAAAUGGACGUGGUUGAUGCUACCUUCACCAAAAAAGAUGUUAAAAUGAUCCCAAAAGAAAAACAAUUAAUAAAAACUGAUCAUUGGUCUCAUAAAAAAGCUGCUAUUUUACAAAAAUACACCACAUCAGAGAAACUGUCUAUGGUAACCAGUUUUUUAAUGGAAGGAGAAAAAGUUGUUGUAAAAGCUCAAAGCACUGCAGUCGAUAAAGUUCAACAUCGUCUGGAACAACUUGACAGUUUUGAAGAAGGGCCUCAAAGAAAAUUAGAUCUUUCCCAAGCUGAAUAUUUACACAAAAUUGAACAACUUAAUAAAGAGUUGGUACAUGCUUGGAACUCAGAACAAAGAGUGAAAUCCUUGAAAAUAGCCAUACAGUGUGCUAAAAUGUUAGCUGAUACAGACGUAUUACCUUUUUAUCCGAGCAAAUUUGUUUUGAUAACAGAUAUUUUGGAUUGUUUUGGAAAAUUAGUUUACGAAAGGCUCAGAACUAAAGCAGAAUAUUACAAACCUGGCUCUAAAAUCCCAACUCCCUUGCCAGAAAAUUUCACUCCAGACAUGGUUCCGGACACAGCAAAAGAAACAUGUUUAAAUUGGUUCUUUAAAAUUGCUUCUAUCAGAGAAUUGGUGCCUCGUUUAUAUGUUGAAAUGGCUCUUCUUAGUUCUUAUAAUUUUAUUUCUAUAAAUGAAUAUCCUGAAGCUUUAUCUAGAUUAACGGAAAUAAUUCAAGGCAUAGGUAAUCCUUUGGUAGCAAUUUAUGCCAGAUGUUAUUUGUGCAGAGUGGGCCUUAGUGUAACAACUAAAGGAUGUGAAAUGAAUUAUUUGAAGAAUAAUUUCGAGUAUUUUUUGGAGACUUAUCAACAUAUUUUCAGUAGAAGUGUCAAAGGUGAAUUGCACAAACAAAAAAUCACAUUAGGGACGUAUAUGACAUUGUACACUCCUGCUUUGGACUUUAUCAUGGAAUCUAUGGUGAAUCAUUUACCGGAAAGUAUUUUGUCUGAUUUGUUAGCGAAAUGUAAGCGGUAUAGCAACAGUUCUCUCAUAUUGAACACCAUAAUGUCAGGAUUUAAACCCACUUACGUUGCCGAAAGAACACUCCAGUUCUUGUCUAUGAUUGGUCAAUGUACCGACGAUGGGAUUCCGCUACAUUCUCUCCUAAGAACUUUGGGUUUGUGCGUAACUGUAUGCUCACCGCCCGCCGAACACCACAAACCAAUAUUGAACGCCGUUUGGAGUAAUGUUGCUCAACUUUCCAAACCUGCUGAAUAUAUAAGUUGUAUUGAAGUUUGGGUGCAGUUUAUUGCGCAGAAUUUCUCAACGAGAGAACUCAACACAGUCUUAAGUGACAUCAUAGAUCAUAUGGUACCAAAUAGAUGCUAUGAAAAUCACUCUGUUGAACUUAGAAAUAUUGUACAAAAACUUGUCCAGCAUACUUCUGAUUUCGAAUCUCUUUUAGCUAUGGAAAAUUUCUUGCCUCUGAUAGACCUCUUCAGCGAAGAGUCAACAAAGGUCGAAAUAUGCAAACUAAUUUUGUCCUCGGACUAUUUCAACGAACAAAAAACUAGCGACGCAGUCAUCACCAACGCUCUUAUGUUUUUGGGGACAAUUUUGCACGAUUCUGUAAAUGCUAUAACACCUGAAGACGAAAAUAGACAAAUUGGUGAUAUAUUAUGCAACAUAAUAAGAGCGGUCGAUUUUGGAAAUGACUUUGAGCAACAGUUGCAGUUUUAUGUUGACGCUAGAGGAGCAUUUGCCAAUUUGGACUCGGUUUUAUCACAAUUAGUUCAAAGUGUUAAUUUGUUGGCAGUCAAUACUCGACAAAUAAUCAAAGGCCUGCACACAAGGAAAACUGGAGACUUUGUAAGAGCUUGCGCUGCAUAUUGUUUCAUUACAAUUCCAUCUAUUGAAUCUCCUAAAAUAAGACUGAAGCUUUAUUUACUUUCCGGCCAAGUGGCACUUUUCAAUCACUGCUUAGGACAAGGUGACGCUUGUUUCAAAGCAAUUUUGUCCGUCAUCCCAGAAUUACCAGCUUGCAUGGAUACUGAAGGAUUUCUUUUACCAUUUGUUCGUCAGUUUUUGUCUACGUUAUUGGUAGUUCCCGAUAAUCCCGAAAGAGGAGUCUUGAGCCUGACUAGAAUGCUUUUGAAUGUUUUGAGAAACUUCGACUGGAAUCAAACUAAUUGUUGUUUGGUCAAUAUUUAUAUUAAUGUUGUCGAUUUAUUAUCCAUUAUGGCACAAGAUGUUUAUCCUUAUCAUGUUGACAAAGUUGGCUCUAAUGAUUCUCUGUGGGGUUCUGAUCCGAGGUUUAUAGAAGAAAUCGACAGCAUGACUUCAAUAAUAAUUGGAGAAAUUCUUAAUUUGCUCAAGGCAUUAGGUCAAUGCCGGAAACAAUCUCAACUAGCUGCAGAAUUGUUUUUGAAAAUAUCUAUCAGAGCAGAUUUGAGUGUACCCCAAACUAGUGGCCUUGCUCACAAUUUAUGGAAUUUAUGCUUGAAAAAUGGAUAUGCUGAUAUAAAGUAUAUGGGAAAAAUCAAAGAUUACCUGACAAGCAAAAGUUUGAAAUCAAAUAAUAGACAUUUGCUGGAGCUAAUAGACAAACUGGAGUUGCCUCGAUAUUAGUAAAAAAAAUUAUUCCACUGAUUGUGAUAUUAUUUUCAUGUUACAUAGAUUAUUUAAAUUAUGUAAUAAUAUUAACUAGAACCGGUUUAUUCACCUUCUGAUAAACUAAAUAAAUAAAUAAAUACUAUAUUAACGGACCAGCCAUUUUAACAAUAAUAACAGUAAAU